AAAUCGAAUCCUUUAAUCGGUGCUUAGUAAGCGUGACGCGCAGUUAAUGUACGGUGAGCUAUCACACUCUUGAAAAGAUUUCAGCCGUCAAGUUACUUUGCCUCCACUUUUAGCAACUGGAGAGGGAGUGCUAGCACGAUAGCCAACAAGUAACGAGCUUCUCAACGCUGCUAGCAAAGAGCUAACAGCUGUAUUUUAAUCGGGCAGUUGUUGUUGUUUUUUUUGUUUUUUUUUAACCUUGUUAACACAAUGCAAGCGUGACGUAGUUAUAAAGUCAAUCUUUUACUGUUACUGACCCUACCCGACGUUUAUGAAUGUUACACAAUUAUUAAUCCCCCCCCUACUCUGUCAGCGUUAAUCGGUCAUAGCACGUUGCCUCGGACUUUGUUGUUCGUCAGCUAGCACUUGAAUUGCUGUCAAACGUGUCAAACGUUCGAAAUGGUGUAGUUUGUGUUGUUUUGUUGCUACUGUGUGACUGUCACUUUCACUCGCGAGUUAGACGCUAACUUGUUCGUCGUAGGCAAGCUGGGCUGCCAGCAGCGUGUCGGCGCGUCAUCGGCCUGCGCUUGUUUGCCUCUCACUUCCCGUCACACCUGUUUGCUCAAGCGUGGCCCGCUUUGUAAUAACGUACUUUUUUCUUUGUGGCACAUGUCGGACUUCAUGAGUCAGCGACCGGCGGGCUUGGGCGUGCGAAUGUUUGUGAAAGUCCUACAUCGAUAGAUGAUAUUCUUGAGUAAUUUGGAAGGAGCAGCAACUCUAAUGGAUGUCACUAAAGCAGCUAAAGGGGAGCCGGGAUUGCAGACUCCUGCCGGGCAGAUGGACAAACCUGUGAACUAUCAUGCGUUGGAAAGUAUGCUUCCCAAAGCGGUGAAGAGGCGAGUGCAUGCCUUGAAAAGGCUUCAGGUGCAGUCUGCCCACAUUGAAGCCAAAUUUUACGAGGAGGUCCAUGAACUGGAGAGGAAGUAUGCUGACCUCUAUCGACCAUUAUAUGACAAGCGAAGAGAUUUUAUCACGGGUACAGUGGAACCCACAGAUGCUGAAUGUGAGUGGACCAGUGACAAAGAUGAGGACGAGGAGCUAACUGAGCAGGUAAAGAAAAAAUUAGCUCUCGACCCUGCCAAGAAGGAAGAUGCUGCACCAGUGGAAGACCCAAAUGGCAUCCCGGACUUCUGGCUCACCAUAUUCAGGAACGCAGACAUGCUCACUGACAUGAUACAAGAACACGACGAGCCCAUCCUCAAGCACCUGAAAGAUAUUCAAGUCAAGUUUUCUGAACCAGGACAGCCCAUGAGUUUUACACUAGAGUUCCACUUUGAGCCCAACAGCUACUUUGCCAAUGCAGUCCUCACUAAAGUCUACAAAAUGAAGUGUGAGCCUGAUGCUUCAGAGCCUUUCUCAUUCGAGGGCCCAGAGAUCAUCGACUGUGGCGGCUGCGUGAUAGAUUGGCACAAGGGAAAGGAUGUGACUGUGAAAACGAUCAAGAAGAAGCAGAAGCACAAAGGUCGUGGCACUGUCCGUACAGUCACCAAACAGGUUACCAACCUGUCCUUUUUCAACUUCUUCAACCCCGUCAAAGGUGAGUGCAGAGCAGGUUCACCAGAUGAUGAAAUGGACGAGGACUCUGACCUAGCUUUUGACUUUGAGAUUGGUCAUUUGUUCCGUGAGAGAAUAAUUCCCCGAGCAGUGCUGUAUUUCACUGGAGAGGCAAUGGAAGAUGAUGAGAGCUUUGAUGAGGAACUCGAAGAAGGCGAUGAGGAGCAAGAUGAUGAGGGUGAUGACGAUGACGACGACGAUGACGACGAUGACGACGACGAGGGAGACUUUGACCCGAAGGCCUAAUCAAUCAUGCAUUUCUAGAAAGUGGUACCCGCCCAGCCUGCUGAAUGCAAGCAGCAGUAACCACGGUGACCACUGGACACAGAUCAGCAAGUGGUCCUCUUGCAGCCCCCAUCGUCCUUCUGCCUCUCUUCUCUGAACGGUCAUCUGAACGCAAUAGGAUACAAACCAAACUUUUUGCUAUGUGCAUGACUACCCCCCCCCCCCCCCCCCCCCCCCUUAACACACGUUGUCCUCCUUUGUUUGGCCUCUUGUCACCCUCCAAACGGGGAAGUGUCCUCGCCCUUGCCAUCUUUUAGUAAGAUGGAGUUUAGUGGAUUACUGCCAGAAAUCUCAGCACGUCAUAAGAAAAAUAGAACAAACUUGAGUUGUCAUGGAUCUGUUACUCAGGGUUUAUUUUUAUUUUUUUAUUUUUUUUGAGGGGGGGGGGGGGUUAAAUCAACAUAAUUUCAGAAGUUGUCUGAUGAACUAAGUUGACUUUUGCCUGGGCUUUGGGGGCUUCCCCCCGCCCCCCCCCUUUUGUUACAAUGCAUAACUAAUUUAGUUUUGUUUUCGUACUCGUGCUUGUCGUUGAAUUAUUUAUUGUGGUGUGUUGCAGCGGUAUGCAUUUCAGCAACCCACAGUGUGGAGGCUCACCUCGUGAAAGAAACGACAAACUGCCAUGUCCUGAUUUGAAACCUCAAACCGUUGUGGGGUAGUUGAUUUAAACAAGCAUUUAAACAUAACGUGAGCACUUGAAUGAACGAACUUCUUCACUUCUUGACCUUCCCGUUAUGUGACCGCAUUUCGGUGUUUUCUGCUCCAAAUUGAAUGUUCUCUCUCUGAAUUGUUUGCCCACUUACACAUUGUAAUCAACAUUUAAAGUUGCGCAAAUAUAUUUUGUUAUUGUAUAUGGGUUUGUUAUUGAAAAUUUUGUUGAAAACAUGUUGCCAAUGUAUUUUGUACUACCAUUUAGAUUGAAUUUGUUUGGUGUGGAUUCCAGCGUUGGCAGGUCAUCAGAAGCAGUAAACCAAUCGGCCGCUUCUCUCGCUUGCAUCCGAGCAAGUGCUUGUCAUCCUCAAAUGUGUCACACGGCGUCCUGUGCUUACAAAUGGCCUUAACGUAGCUUGGCUUACUCUCUUCAAUUUGUACAGAGUUAAGAUAUUCUAUUAAAGUUGUGCACAGUUGAAAA